CCUUACAAAUAAUUAAGUUUCAUAUCUACUAAACAAGUUUGUGGUUAUCUAGACUUAGUAAGUUAAUGGAUAAAUAUCAACACUAGAAUACAUGUAUACCUGACUUAAGAGUUUCAAAUGGAAUGAAACGCAUGUUAUAAAUUCUACAGUAGGCCCUUAGAUAAUGACUCUGAUUUGGAUGAGUGUAUAACAAUGUUGUCGAAAUAUACAUCCUAGCUACCGUCGUAUAUAAUUAAUGACUUAAAUCAUGUUAGUAAAUAACGGAAUGAAAUAAGUCAAAUACGAGAAUGAAUUUCGAAUACGUUUAUUUCGUACACUCAUUGAUUCAAAAAAUACAAAAUACAAUCAGAGGAACGAACAAGGAGAAAGUGACGAGAAGCGGAGCGGAGAAUAUCGUAUGAAAUAUAGAAAAUGAAAUGAUGCUAAGAAGGAAUAUGUAAAUGACUCCAAAAAUGUUUUAUUUAUGAAUAACACAAUCAUACAAGUUCACAAUAUAUCAACAGUAAUACCUACAGAUCUAAGUUCACAGUCUAUUGAAGCUAAUAAUAGUAAUAAUAACAAUAAGGAUAAUAAUAACAAUAACACUGGUACACAUUUAGAAGCUCAAAUCAAUCAGAUAACCACAGAUAACACUGAACAUAGAAAUGAAAAAGUGAAUAAAAACCUUUUGAAACUACAAAACAAGCAUAAAAUUAUGACAAAUUCAAGCAUUAAAUUUAUGCGUUACAAUACUGGUGAUACAAUACAUUUGAAAUGUCGAAUACCUAAAGGUCCAUAUCUUGUAUUAUGGAAUAAACUAGGAUUAGAUUAUCCAUUAACCAUUGGAAAAAAUCGUUUUAUACCAGAUGAACGAUUUGAAAUACAACAUAAACCCCCAAAUCGUUGGAAUCUUAUCAUAUCAAAUGCUCAAUUAAAUGAUACAGGUGUAUAUUCAUGUACUACUGGUUCAGGUAUAAGUAACAGUCAUUCAAUUGGAAAUCAUGAAUCAGAUUUAGAACAUUAUCAAGAAUAUCAACCACAGUCUGUGAAGAAUAAACAUAAAAUACAUACAACAGUAAUCGAUUCUACGACAACAAGGAAACAAAAUAAAGGUCGAGAAUAUUACGUUUCUGUUGUUGAACCAUUACCUUCAGAACGAUAUCAAAUUGAUGUACCUGUGAAUAAGAUAGGAAUGAAAAAUAAAACUAUAACUGUAACUGGUCCAAAUCUUGUCUUUUAUGGUACCCCAUUAGAACUAAUAUGUCGUGCUAGUUUUCCAACAUCUGAAGCUAAACUUGAUCCAACAAUUUCAUUAGAAUGGUAUCAUCGUGGUAUACGUCGAUUAUCACAUCCAUUUAGAUCAGGUGGUGUAUAUAUUACAAUGCAAUGGUUAGAUUCACAUUUAUUAGAAAGUAGAUUAUUUAUAUCAUGGGUAAGUGAAGCUGAAGCUGGUCAAUGGAUAUGUUUAGAAAGAUCAAAUCCAAUGAAAAAUAUAAAUUAUACCAAAUCAUUAACAUCAUUGUCAAUGUCAAAUUAUCGUAAUUAUCAAAUGAAUGAAUUUAAUAAACAAUCAUUUCCAUCUUAUUAUAAUCUAUCUGUACCAUAUAAUAAUCCAUCAAAUAUUGAUUUGGUUUAUGAUAAGAUCUAUAUAGAAAUAAUUGUUCCGACAGUUUCAUCGUCAUCUUCAUCAUCAUCUCAAACAAAUGGACUAUUAUUAUCGCCAUCCUCCUCCUCAUCAUCAUCAUCAACAGGGACAACACAUUUAUCAUCCACAUCAUUCACAUCAAAUUUUAAUCGAAAAUUUUCUAAAUCAAAUAUAUAUAGUUUAUCAUCUAAACAAAUCAAUAAUAAAAAACCUGAAAAAUUAUCAUUUAUAGAAAGAUUAAUUAGAUCAAUGAAUCAAUGUACAAGAUUAAAAAUCAAUAAACAAAUUUUAUUGAUUUUUAAUAUAUUCAAUAAUUUACUACUUAUAAAAUCUUUCCUAUUAAUAUAUUAAUAUUCUAUAAAUUAUUAAAUAUAACUAGGCAUAUAUAUAUAUAUUUAUAUAUAUAUAUAUAUAUAUAUGAAAUUCUUGAAUUCAAACAAAGAGUUUUGUGGAUACUAUAGUAAUUUUAUUAGUUGAGAUCAUAAAUCAAUUGAAGGUAGAUCAACAUGGAAAACCUAGAAGCACUGGACGGCUCACUGCUGAAGAGUCCCACAAUAAGAAGAAACAGUCAUCCGGUGCUUACAGGUUUUCCAUGAUGGUCUAGCUUCAAUUAAUUCAUGAUCUCAACUAUUAAAACCAUCAUUAUAUAAUUGAGAAAUCUGUCAAUUUUCUUUUUUUCAAACUAUUUUUUUGGCGCGUUUGUAAAUUUGAAAACUUUUUUGUGUUAUCCUUCUCCUCUUUCCAAUAUUUUUUUUCUUUGAUUGAAUUAUUCUCUUAUUUAUUAUAAUUGAAAAGUGAUUUAUGCAAUGAAUGUAUAGAAAAGAUAAUAUAUAUUUAUAUAAGUAGUA